ACACACACACACACACACACGCACACACGCACACACACACACGCACACAAUCAAGCCGAAUCUUCUCAUGUUUAAACCUGUUACUCUACACAGUACUAGACAUACUUUUAAAAAAAAGGAUCAGAACCUUGAAGAAGACAACAAUGAAUAGGAUGGUUAUAGAAGUGCUUGGCUUCGUGAUAUCUAGUCUUGGUUGGGGUUUGGUGUCCUGCACAGUGGGAAUGGAUUAUUGGAGAGUUAGCUACAUAGGUGGUCAAGGAGGCUCAUGGAUCAUUAAAGCUGCAUGGUACUGGUCGACACUUUGGAGAGACUGCUAUAUAGACUCCAGCGAUGUGGCCAACUGCAGGAAUUUGGACAUCAUGUGGGUUGUGAGGCCUGGAAAUACUUCAGAACAGGGAGCAAUACGAGCUGUACGGGCAUUGUUGCUUAUUGGCAUGUUUCUGGGAUUAUUCGCCGCCAUAUUCUGCUUCUUUGGGAUGAACUGUACAUAUAUUGGUGGACGGGAGAAAACCAAGCGCAAAAUAUUACUACUAGGAACUGUUCUACAUUUUACUGGAGGUGUGUCUUGCCUUGCUGCUUAUUGCUUAUUCACAGGUAGACUGGGCACUACAACUUUUUCACGCAUGCCUGAUAGACGCCUCCUAAGGUAUUAUAUAGGUGUGCCAGUAUUCUUUGGUUUGGUGGGCAGUGCUGGCAUACUUCUGGGCUCUGCUCUGUAUGCUGUGACUCUCUAUAGUGUGCUUAUAUCAAAUAGAGAAAUGGACAUUUCUGCUUCAAGAAAAUACACUGUUCCUAAGACAUACAAGAGACAGAAGAAAGGUCAAACAUUAUACAUCAUAGAUGAUGCAGCAUCAACUCAAUCUGGGUUCUCCAGCGAACUGAGUAACCAAGCAUCAAGAAGUUCUAUCAUUCUGGCUGACAGAGAUUCAUUUGUUUGAAUUUGAAGUGUCUAUGACUCCAACAUCCUAAAUAAUGUACAGUAUGCUAACAUUGGAAGCAGAAAGUUAUAAGCAAUGUUUUCUGUUUAUACCUAAAUCAUUCUUGUAUAAAAGUCUACACACCCCUGGUAAUAUAUCAGGAUUUAAAGCACACCUAAAUUUUUUUUUGGGAACAGACUGUGAUAAAUCUGGGGUGUUAUAAAGAAGGAAGUUUAGAAUAAAAUUUCAAAAAUGAAAAUAAUAUUUUAGAAUGAAUGUGCAGACAUCUGGUAAUAUGUAGUUUUCUAGACUCUUGGCUAAAAUAGUCGAGUACUGUGAUGCAAGCAAAACUUAUAAAAAGUAUUAAUUAAAAGGUGAAAGAUUUUUUUUCUGUUGAAUAUCAUCUGUUAAAUUUUCUUGCUUUCACACAGUCUUGCGUACUGGUGUGUGUUGCAUUUCGAUUUCAUUUUUAAUGUAUACAAGCUAUGUAAAUGAAUAAAAACUACACCAGGUUACCUA